AUUCCAUCUAUCUUAGAACAUAGUGCAGAAGAUAUCAAUCAAUAUGGGCGCCCUGAGAACACCUCUAGUAUGCAAGUUCUUGCUGAUCAGCCUCAUCCUUGUUGGAUUGUCAUCAAUCACCAUUGCCAACGCCUCGAAGGUCUACGUAGUUGGUGGCACUAAGCAGUGGGGUUUUAUUGGUUCAUACAAUAAAUGGUGUACUCGCAGAACAUUCUUUGCAGGAGAUGUACUUGUUUUUAAGUAUCCUGAGGGGGCACACAACAGCGUUCGCACAACUAAAUUUGGAUAUAAAAGUUGCAAGGCUACUGCAAGGGAAUCAGCUAAGGCAAUGUGGACAGGAAAUGAUAAAUAUACAUUGAGGAAAGGAAAUAACUACUUUAUCUGUGGCAUACCAGGACACUGCUCUUCAGGCAUGAAGGUCAAUGUUUUUGCUAAGUAAAAGCAAUAUAGAUGAUGCUGAGUAUGUUUAUUACGAAAUCACAAUCCUUCCUUUAGUUUAGACUAAAGGAGGAUAUAUGACAGUUUUUCUCUACCCGUUGGCGAGUAUGUUUUCAUAUUUUAUGUGUUUGGUUGUAUUUGUGAGCUAUGUACCAGUACUGUAAUCCGGAUAUGAUAUUUCCCUUUUGAGAGGAAUAAACUUUAUGUCAUAAGAA